GGCCAAAGGGAAGGGCGUUAAAACCACCACCCACACAGCAUCCCAGCAGCAGUAAAGCGGCUCUCCUCAACAUCGGUCUCUAUGCAUUAGCCUGUCUUCAUAUUGCCAAGAUGUCUCUUUCUAGGAAGUUAACGUUGGACAAACUGGAUGUUAAAGGGAAACGAGUCAUCAUGAGAGUAGACUUCAACGUGCCCAUGAAGAAGAACCAGAUUACAAACAACCAAAGAAUCAAGGCUUCCCUCCCAAGCAUCAAAUACUGCCUGGAUAAUGGAGCCAGGUCAGUAGUUCUUAUGAGUCAUUUAGGUAGACCUGAUGGUGUUGCGAUGCCUGACAAGUACUCCUUGGAGCCCGUUGCUGCUGAGCUCAAAUCCUUGCUGGGCAGGGACGUUCUGUUCCUGAAGGACUGUGUAGGCCCGGAAGUGGAGAAAGCUUGUGCCAGCCCAGCAACUGGCUCAGUCAUCCUGCUGGAGAACCUGCGCUUUCAUGUGGAAGAAGAAGGGAAGGGCCAAGACCCUUCUGGAAAUAAGCUUAAAGCAGAGCCAGAUAAAAUAGAAACCUUCCGGACCUCACUCUCCAAGCUAGGGGAUGUGUAUGUCAACGACGCUUUUGGCACGGCCCACCGAGCCCACAGUUCCAUGGUGGGAGUGAAUUUGCCCCAGAAGGCUUCUGGAUUCCUGAUGAAAAAGGAGCUGGAUUACUUUGCCAAAGCCUUGGAAAACCCAGAGAGACCCUUUCUGGCUAUACUUGGUGGCGCCAAAGUGGCAGACAAGAUCCAACUCAUCAGAAACAUGCUGGACAAGGUCAAUGAGAUGAUUAUUGGUGGCGGAAUGGCUUACACCUUCCUGAAGGUACUUAACAACAUGGAGAUCGGUGCUUCCCUAUUCGAUGAAGAGGGAGCCAAGAUUGUCAAAGAUAUCAUGGCCAAAGCUGAGAAGAACAGUGUGAACAUUACCUUUCCUGUUGACUUUAUCACUGCCGACAAGUUUGAGGAGAAUGCUAAGGUUGGCCAAGCCACGGUGGCAUCAGGUAUACCUGCCGGCUGGAUGGCUUUGGACUGCGGUCCUGAGACCAACAAGAAGUAUGCUCAGGUUGUGGCCCAAGCCAAGCUGAUUGUGUGGAACGGACCUUUAGGGGUAUUUGAAUGGGAUGCUUUUGCUAAGGGAACCAAAGCCCUCAUGGAUGAAAUUGUGAAAGCCACUUCCAAGGGCUGUGUCACCAUCAUAGGAGGUGGAGACACGGCUACUUGCUGUGCCAAAUGGAACACGGAAGAUAAAGUCAGUCACGUGAGCACUGGGGGAGGUGCCAGUCUAGAGCUGCUGGAAGGCAAAGUCCUUCCCGGAGUGGAGGCCCUCAGCAGCCUGUAGCUGACCAAGUGCCCCUUCCUAGUGUUAGAGAACAGAGGUCCACAGACUUUGAGUCAACUUAGUGCUUCCACAUCUCAACUUGAUCUUUGUUAAAAUCUACCCCUAAAUCAAGACCUGGGCAAUGACCAAGGGAUGGGCCACCAGGAACUCGGAGCAUCAGCAUAGCAAUGCAGUUCAUUUUAGUCCUGGGGUCAUACAUUUGCCUGUUCUCGUCAUGAUCUCAUUUGAACUUCACCAUUGUAAUGUGAUGGUAGAAAGUGAGUUGCCUAUUAAAAUGAGUUGAAUAAGCUGA